AUGGACACCGGCGGCUGGUUCCGCACCACGUCAAACUACUGGAUGCUCAUCGACGUCGAGGAGGACGAGUACUACAUCUUCCUCUUCCAAUACGUCUUCGCCGCCACCAUCGCGACCAUCGUCUCGGGCGCGGUCGCCGAGAGGAUCCAGUUCCGCGGAUACCUCAUCUACUCCUUCUUCCUCACCGGCUUCAUCUAUCCGUUCGCCGCGCACUGGACGUGGGACCCGAACGGCUUCAUCAACUCGUGGGGCAUCUGCGACUACGCGGGCGGCAACGCCGUCCACGCCCUCUCCGGCUGCGCCGCCUGGAUGGGUGCAAAGGCACUCGGGCCUCGGAUCGGCCGAUUCGUGGAGGGGACGUCUAAGUCGCUCGUGACGGUCAACUUCAAGCCGGUCGAGCUGGCGCAGCACAACGUGCCGAUGAUGUGCCUCGGCCUCUUCAUCCUCUGGCUCGGCUUCAUCCCCUUCAUCGGCGGCUCCGCUUGCUACGUCAACUUCCAGCUCGGCCGCCUCUGCGUGAUGACGACCCUCUCUGGCUGCUCGGGAGGGUGCGUCGCCCUCGCGUGGGGCUACAUGACCGAGAAGCACGCCUCGCUCGAGCAAGCCAUGACCGGCGUUGGCAUCUGCUCCUCGUGCGGCUGCACCACUAUCUGGGCCGCUUUUUGGAUCAUCGCCCCCAUCUCCGUGCUCGCCUACCGCUUCGGCCUCUGGUUCAACAUCUACUUUUGCGGCAAGUUUCUCGGCGGGCCGGCGCCUCUCCCAGAGGCCCGCGACGUGCCACGACACUGCGCCGUAGGCGCCUCCGCGCUGCACUACUGGCCGGGCGUGUGGUCGAUGAUCGCCUGCGGGCUGCUGAGCGACCCCGACAUCUGGGACGCGACCUACGGCACCGAAUUCAGCGGCCGGACCACAAAAGUAGAGGACUUGACCUUGGACGACUUUUCGGGCAUCUUCUACGGCGGCAACGGCAUGCAGCUGGCGUAUCAGCUCCUUUCGGUCGUCGUGAUCACCCUGUACGGCCUCGCCUCGUGCUUCCUCCUCUUCUACGGCAUGAAGCUGUGCGGCACCCUCCGCGUGCCCGAGGCGGACGAGCUCGAGGGCCUCGACGCGACGCACCACGGGGGACUGGCCUACACCGACACGGACGUGCACAUCGUCCCCGCGGGGCUCCGCCUUCGCAAGAAGAAGGCCGACAUGGAUGCGACCAAGGACGGGACUGAGUCGCCGGAGGGCACAGAGUCGCACGAGGCGUGAGAAAGCAAGCUCAUGCGUCCCGCCCCGAGCCCACCCCGCACCGCGUGACUCAGACCCUCCCGCUUCGGGCCAUCCUUGGUCGCGCGGUCGGAGCGGAGCACACGGCAUGGGCAGCGCGACCCGACCGGCUUAGGCUUUCGGAGCAUCAGCUCAAUGUACAUUGGCGCCCACCCAUCUCUCGCUCUCGGUAGCCCCCUGAGGCGCGCGUUCUGCUCUAGCCUCUACGUAUGGGGGCGCCCUCGGCAAUCUCUUUCUCGCCUCUUCCCGGAUCGCGGAUGAUGCACUUAGUUCUCGAGAGCAAUUCUUCUGUUUCUCGGGCUGUGUGUGUUGCCUGCUGUACAUACGUGGCCCAGUGUAGCAGUCUCAAUGACAAUGUGUGUUCUGAACUCUCGAUCUCUACGGGUGUGAUAUUUCCCUCUUCGUCUUGAUGGACUUGUCUUCUUGUGUAUUUUUGUAGUAUAGGUAUAGGCGAAGAUU